AUGCUCCUGACGCUGAAGUGGUGGAUUUUCAUCGCUUGUGUUUCAGGCGUCCUCCCUCCCGGUUGCUCGGGGGUCAACGUGUUUGUGAGGGAUGAGAAGAGGUAUGCUGUGCUGUUCCAGUCUGUGGUUCUGCCGUGUCAGUACACCAGUGUGUCCACGCAGACCCCGGUGGUCCAGUGGGUCUACAAGUCGUACUGCCGCGACCGCACGCGGGAUUCCUUCAACUACCCCGACAGCAUGGGUGGAGGCCUGGGAGGAGGCGGGCUGACGGGUGGGACCGGAGGAGCCGGAGGAGGGUACGAGUCGGGGAAGACGGCAAAUUACCUCGACUGCUCCGACAGCAGCCGGACGGUCCGAAUGGUGGCCUCCAUCUCCGGUGCCUCCAUCACACUGUCAGAGCACUACAAGACCAGAGACAUCUCCAUCAUCAACAAGGCCGACCUGCGGAUAGGAGAGGUCCAGUGGGGAGACAGCGGAGUUUACAUCUGCAAAGUGGUUAUAUCUGAUGAUCUCGAGGGUCAGAACGAAGCCCCUGUGGAGCUGCUGGUUCUGGGUUUCUCAGGUGUGCCUGAAGAUCUGCUGCCCGACUUUGAUUUGAAGAUUAUGCCAGAGUGGGUGUUUGUGGCGUCGGUAGCGCUGGGAAGUGUGUUAUUCCUGCUGUUGUUUGGAGUUUGUUGGUGUCAGUGUUGUCCUCACUCCUGCUGCUGCUACGUCAGCUGCUGGUGCUGCCCCGACACAUGCUGCUGCCCCAGACACCUGUAUGAGGCAGGCAAGGGUAUAAAGACGGGAACCUCCACCCCUCAGUCACCUGUCUACCCUCCAUACUUCGUCUCUGGUGUUCCGACCAUGGUACCCAUCGCUCCUCCCUCCCUAGUGAGCCAGAUGUCUUCUCCCCCCCCUUCAAACGGCAGCCUACUCACAGCAAUGCCGAUGCAUGCUGUAGGGCUUCCCUACCGCGUGCCGUCCCCUCAGGAUCAGGACUCUCUCAGGGUGCUACAGUAUGUAGAGAAACAGCUGGCUCACUUCAACCCCUCCAGAUCCAUCAGCCCCCAGUCCUGCAGUCUGUCCGAGCUGAGCUCUCUCCACGAGGGAGAAACAGGCUUCCGCCAAACAUACAGAAACAUCCAGAAAAAGGCUCUGCCCGCCAUCCCCGACCACGACCCCCUGCCUGAACCCCAACGCCACCGUGACAACCGCAGCCCGGAGCCACAGCGUUACCGUGACAACCACACUUCACCCCAGCGUCAUCGCGAUAACCCCAAUCCAGAGCCCCGGCGGUGCCAGGAAGAGCCUAUUCCUCCGAGACGCUACAGCGACGAUCCUCCGUCCUCCUCACCGACGCGCAGGCUGGGACGUGGUCAACAUCAGCAGAACCACAGCGAUGAGGAGAACCGCAGCAGGUGGAACCCUCGUUCAGAGCAUCUGCACAGAAAGUCGUACCGCUCGGCGGGACGCACCGGCUCACUGGACGAGCUGGAGGAGUUUGCUUCUUGCUACAAGCAGAGAGGAAAGAGAGGAGCGGAGAAGGAAGAGGACCGCGGACACUAUGAGAUGGAGUUUCUGGAGUCUAAUAGAUAUCCUUCCUACCGUGAUUGUCCCGCUCAACAUUACUACAAUGAUGAAAAUGAGAUGGAAGACAACAGGGAUCAUGAAGAUCAUCCCAGAUGGAGCAGGAAAAACGGACACAACAUAAGUCCACUUCCUUCACCCACAAAGAGGAGGGGCACUUGGGACAGUGAUCGUCCUGCACCUCCUCCUCCCAGAGUCAGUCCUCCAUCGACUUCCUCUCAAGAGAAGGACUAUGAUGGCACAUUCCUGAACAGCCUGCUCGACCGCAAGGCUCAGUUGCGUGGGGUCGGCCAGGGAAGGAGUGGGGCCCGGGGUGAGGACGAUUCAGACACUCCCUCCAAGGGCAGCUCGAAAAAGAGCAGCGGGGAAUCCAGUCGGCACUGCAGCCGCUCGCCCAGCAACAGGCCCGAGGCAGAUUCACUGCCUCCUUACUCGGACACAGAGCGAAGCAGGUCUGACCGGCCAUCACCACGGCCCCCCCCAGCAAACACUCGCUCCCCUCAGCCUCCUGCCCUCUCCCUGCCCAGCCACAGAGAGGACCCCAGAGACAAGUCCCGGAAAGUGCAAAGCACCCUCCUGAGCCGAGACUCCCUCAUCGUCUGAUCGACUGACGGCCUCAGAGACUGGAGUCUUGGAGCAGACGCAGCAAACGGCCUUGACACCGGGGGGGGAGCGGCACGUCCACUGAUCAGAGAUGAGGGAUUAGCCUGGAGUGUGGAAAGCUGAAUCAGUGAAUGAAGCAACGAACAGAUACACUUCUAUUAUCGAGACUGUCACUGUGGCUUUCCUACGUGUGACGUCACCGAGUGAUGAGGUCAUCGCCGCUCUGUUUCUGUCACCAACUGCCUCUCGUAUAUCUCAGCUGGAGUAACACUGAACCCGGGUGGGGGGUGGGGGGGUGUACGACCUGGACCGUCCCUCCGAG